CCGAGCUCUUUAACAGCCAGGUGCAAACAUUUCCCGUCAAUUGGAAGAAAACAACCUUGAAGAACCUUGCUGGUGUUCGGAGUUUAGAAAAUUUAGGGAUGGAGCCCCCCAAGAUGAACCCAGUGGUGGAGCCGCUGUCCUGGAUGCUGGGCACCUGGCUGUCAGACCCACCGGGAGCUGGGACCUUCCCAACACUGCAGCCCUUCCAGUACCUGGAGGAGGUGCACAUCUCCCACGUGGGCCAGCCCAUGCUCAACUUCUCAUUCAACGCUUUCCACCCGGACACUCGGAAGCCCAUGCAUAGAGAGUGUGGCUUCAUCCGGCUACAACCCGACACCAACAAGGUGGCCUUCGUCAGCGCCCAGAACACAGGUAUUGUGGAGGUGGAGGAGGGCGAGGUGAACGGGCAGGAGCUGUGCAUCGCAUCCCACUCCAUCGCCAGGAUCUCCUUUGCCAAGGAGCCCCACGUGGAGCAGAUUACCCGAAAAUUCAGGCUGAAUUCUGAAGGCAAACUUGAACAGACAGUCUCCAUGGCAACCACUACUCAACCCAUGACUCAGCAUCUUCACAUCACCUACAAGAAGGUGACCCCGUGACCCAGAGCAGAACUUCUUCCUGGCCGUGUGUGUCAGGAUGUGACACUAGGCUUCUCACAGACGCCGCAGCAGCAAGUGUGGGUGUGGCUGCAGCUCGCAGGGGGAUCAAGGGCAUUGCCCAGUGUUCCUGUAAUGGCAUAGAAAAACCAAAUAAAAGGCCUUUAUUUUUA